AUGAACCAUCUACCCUUUUUAUCCUGCUCGACAUGCAAUAACUUGUCGUUUGUGCGUUCUCAAGCGUCAUUUUCAAGAUUAUAUGGAUACAGCUCAGUUGCAAACGCUCGUUACUAUUCUCAGAAACCAGCUUCAGGAGACGAUUCUGUUAAAGGGACGUCUGUGAAAUCCUCGGUAUCUGCUGAUCAAAAGAAGGAAACUAGCAGUGAGAGCGGAGCAGUCGAAAAUAAAAAGAAAACAGACGGAUCGAAAGAUGUCAGGAAGCAAGGAUUACUUUCGAGAAUAUUGAUUGGUUCAAAGGGUGUUUCACCGCGUUAUUUACAAAGUCAUUCGUCGAUUCUGUCGGAUUCGGGAUAUAUUUACGAACUUGUGACGCACGACGCAAUACCAGGUGAACGGGAAAAUUAUUUGAAAUUGUAUAAGAAUUAUGCGAAUGAACUGCAUGAAGUGAACGCUGAUUACAGUCUGCUUGGCAGUUGGAGAGUUUAUUAUCCGAACCGAGAUCAGUCGGUACAUUUGUGGCGAUACAAUAACGGAUACGAAAGUAUCGAUCGCACGAUGAAUGCUUUGCUGACGAUGGAUAGUUUGAAAAAGGUUGAAAGUGAAAUGGGACGUUUGCUGUUGCAUCGCGAUAAUGUACUCGCGAAGUCGUUCAGUUACUGGGGUGAGCCCGAACCCAGACCUGCAUCAAAUAUUUAUGAACUGCGAGCGUACACACUUCGACCAGGGACAUUGAUUGAGUGGGGUGCUGCAUGGGCGAAAGGUAUUGAAUAUCGCCGCGAAGCGAAUCAGGACGUUGGAGGAUUCUUCACGCAGAUGGGACCUUUACAUAGGGUUUAUCAUUUAUGGGCAUAUGACAGUUUAGCGGGGCGGAAUGAUACCCGUCAAAAGUCGUGGGCUAAACCUGGAUGGGAUGAAACGGUCGCUCAUACAGCAAUGUCCACAAAUCCAUUCGACGAGGAUUAUCAUGAUUAUACUGGCGCUUUGUCGGCAUCUGGUAGGCAUCUGUUCUUCACUGGUUAUGUUUUUGAUUUUCAAUUGAUGCUUAAAGGGCCGACGAAGAAUUAUACAUCAGUUGGCAAUAACAGUGUAGAGGAUGAUGUGAACUAUUACGAGCGUGAGAUUGAGAAAUACAUGCAAGAGUCAUUGGAUAGUACACAACGCUCAAGAAGGCAGUUGGAUCAAAGUGAACAAAUUGGUGUUGCCACUGCACAGGAUUUAUUGACUCAACGUGAGAAGCUCGAAAAUGCUGAGAAGAAUCUGGAGGAGAUCGAUAAAGUGACGAAGAUGACACAACGAAAUUUGAACAGCUUAAAAUCUGUGUUUGGUGGUUUCUUCAAGAAUAAAUUCUCUCGUGCACCCAAAGAAAAUAAUGAGAUAUGUGUGCGAACAGUAAUGAAAUUGUUGCAGAAGAUGUCAUCAUCAAAAUCGGAUAAUCGUCUCAACAAAACAGUUGAUAAGUUGACCUCAGCAGAUUCGACUAGCUCAUAUACGGGUGGUGCGGUAUCAGCAUCAGGUCCGACUUUAAGUGAAAGCUCAAGAGCUGCGAUUAAGGGGACGCGUUGGGAAACAAUGGACAAUGAGAUUGAUUCGAACCUUGAUUCAAUGAGUUCGCAGUUGGCACGUUUACGUGAUCUCGGAUCGGCGAUAGGUGAUGAGGUCGACUCUCAGAACGAACUGCUCGAUCGCAUACAAAUGAAGGCCGAACGGAAUGAUUCUCGUGUCAAAGACCAGGACACUCAGAUGCGAAGGAUUCUUGGUAAUGUCGAAAAACAGGACGAACAGAAGCCAGCAAUUCCAACUGUUAGUAAACGCAAGUAA